CGGGUGACACGGCUCAUUUUUUUUCCGACCCGGUCUCGAAAGGAGGAGCUCGAGAGCUUUUCGAGGGAAAGAAAACGGAGAAUGGCAGCGAUGGCUGCGAUAGCGAUGGUGGGCUCGGUAUCGCCGUUCCCAUUCUAUUACUUUCUUUGGAACUAUCCGCAAGCGUGGGUGAAUCUAUGCGGGAAGGGGGUCGACCCUUCGCAUCGGAUGGCCCAGAUCUCCCACGCUUUCAAGCUUGUGCAGUUCUUCUCCAUCCUCUCCGUUGCUCGGUUCUCAUGGCCUCCAUGGUAUUGCGUCGUCCUCUUCGCUGCUGGACAGUACCUCAACUUCAGGGUGUAUCAUUUACUUGGCGAGGCUGGAACAUACUACGGAGUUCGCUUUGGAAAGAACAUCCCAUGGGUAUCUGAUUUCCCCUUUGGCUACAUAAAGGAUCCUCAGUAUGUGGGCAGUAUACUAAGCCUCUUGGCAUGCUUAUCUUUUGUUCCUUAUCCUUACGUGUUCUUUUGGAUACUUGGCUACUUGUUCAUGAUGCAUAUGGAAUCCAAGGAAGAUCCAGCUACUCGAGCAAAACCUCUCUAAUAAGCUCAAUCAGAAUCCAAAACUAACAUACUUAGAGGUAUGGAAAUAAAGGAAUUAGUGUUUGUUUUAUUGCUUUGAUCAUUAACUAAGCAAAGCUUUUGCAACUAUUAUAUGGAGUUGUUUUAGUGUCUUAUAGAGAAAAAUGAAGUGGUGAUGGGAUCAGUUGCUCCAUGAGUUUAUCCUUAUUCUCUGAUUAGUCAACUAGAAUAAAGACUCAUUGACUAGUUGAAAGAAUUUAUCCUUAUUCUCUGAUUAGUCAACAAAAAUAUCCACUCUUCUUUCAA